AUGUAAUUUUUUUUGUACAAUCAUGAAAUGACACUAUGGCAGUGCUGGGCCACAAAAAUUGUUUUUCAACCGUUGAAACCUUACUACGGUUAUUGAAUCCACGUAGAAAUGAUACAAUAUUUCAAUAUUUUCAUUCAAGGAUUUUUAAAAGUUGAAAUUCACUUUCAAUAUCGUAUACCACGGGUCCACGGUCUAUGCAGGAGCUGCACUGCACCGGUGACCUGUCAGAGGGACCCAAGUGGUUUGAAUAUCACGCCAACUUUGACCAAAGACUAACGGUGUCCACACGACGUCAGUUCCGUUUAUUCAUCCCAAUUCUUAACCGUAACAGAACCAUAUUUGUAGUAAAACAAAUCGAAGACGAACCGGGCCGGAUGUAAUUAACGGCGUUUCGUCGUGGUCUACACGUUUGACUUGAGCGAGGAAGAGAGAGAGAUAAAGAGAAAAAGAGAGAGCGUUGACCUGUGAGAGUCUCUACUAUAAUACAUAUCGCCUUCACAUAUUCAAAUCUCAUCACGCCCAAAGUUGAAAGUUUACUUAUACGAAUCCCUUGUAAGAAAGAAACCUGUGGUAAUGGCUACGGCGGGUCUCUACCGGAGAUCUCUUCCUUCUCCUCCGGCCAUUGACUUUUCUUCUGCCGAAGGCAAGAAAAUAUUCAGUGAAGCGCUGCAGAAAGGCACAAUGGAAGGAUUUUUCAGGUUGAUUUCUUAUUUCCAGACGCAGUCCGAACCUGCGUAUUGUGGCUUGGCUAGCCUUUCAGUUGUCUUGAACGCUCUUUCUAUUGAUCCUGGACGUAAAUGGAAAGGGCCUUGGAGGUGGUUUGAUGAAUCGAUGCUGGACUGCUGCGAGCCACUGGAAGUGGUCAAGGCCAAGGGCAUUUCCUUUGGAAAAGUUGUCUGUUUGGCUCAUUGUACUGGAGCCAAAGUGGAAGCUUUCCGCACAAAUCAGACCACCAUUGCCGAUUUCCGCAACUUCGUUAUCAAAUGCUCUUCUUCUGAGAAUUGCCAUUUGAUCUCAUCAUAUGACAGAGGAGUAUUUAAGCAGACUGGCUCUGGUCACUUUUCACCUAUUGGUGGCUAUAACGCUGAAAGAGACAUGGCUUUGAUUCUUGACGUUGCCCGUUUCAAGUAUCCUCCUCAUUGGGUUCCUCUUAAACUUCUUUGGGAAGCCAUGGACAGCAUUGAUCAGUCAACAGGGAAACGCAGAGGGUUCAUGCUCAUAUCUAGACCCCAUAGAGAACCCGGAUUGCUUUAUACUCUGUGCUGUAAGGAUGAAAGCUGGAUCAACAUAGCCAAGUAUCUGAAGGAAGAUGUUCCUCGUCUUGUAAGCUCACAACAUGUAGAUAGUGUGGAAAAAAUCAUAUCAGUUGUAUUCAAGUCACUUCCGUCAAAUUUCAACACAUUCAUCAGAUGGGUGGCUGAGAUCAGAAUAACAGAGGAUGCAAAAGAAAAUCUCAGCGCAGAGGAGAAAUCGAGGCUCAACUUAAAGCAAGUGGUGCUGAAAGAAGUGCAUGAAACUGAACUGUUCAAACACAUCAGUAAGUUCUUAUCAUCAGUUGGUUACGAAGACAGUAUGACAUUUGCUGCAGCAAAGGCUUGUUGCCAAGGAGCUGAAAUCUUAUCCGGAUGCUCAUCAAUAGAGUUCUGUUGUCGGGAGGUGAAAUGUGUCAACGGUAUGUCAUAUGCUGGUGCUGUCGAGGUGGAAGGCACGGUGGUGACUGGAGUUGUUGUGCGUGACGGGAGUGAACAAAAUGUUGAUCUAUUGGUGCCAUCGACCCAAACUGACUGUGAGUAUGGUCCGGAAGCAACUUAUCCAGCAGGAAACGAUUUGUUUACUGUACUUCUGCUGGCCUUACCUCCACAGACAUGGUCAGGGAUCAAAGACCAAGCUCUUAUGAAUGAAAUGAAGCAGCUCAUUUCUAUGGCUUUCCUCCCAACUAUGCUUCAAGAAGAGGUGUUGCAUCUUCGACGCCAACUUCAGCUGCUAAAACGAUGCCAAGAGAACAAGGAGGAGGAGGAUCUCGCUGCUCCUGCCUACUGAUUCGUCUGCCCAAAUUCACAAAUCUUAAUCGUCUCUCUUGCCCAUGUGAAUCCCAGUUACUCAAAUUUAAAACCCUUAUUGUUAUAGUAUCUUUAUUAUGUGUAUGAUUCAAACUCUACUUGCCUUUUUUUUUUACAACGGAAAACUAUUUUAUUAUUCAAACUUAAGAUGAUCUGGGUAACCAUAUUUCAAACUCUACUUACCAUGAGAGAGAUUUGUAGCAUAUAUAUGCGUCCUCUCUUUACUAUUAA